AAAUAAUUCAGAUUGGGAUUAAUGUUUCAAAAUAAGUACAUAAGUGUAUUAAUUCCAAUAGAACAGAUUAUGACAGAGGAGUGAAUACAUUCUCACCAGAAGGUCGUCUAUUCUAGGUGGAAUAUGCAUUACAAGCAAUCAAAUUAGGAGCAAGUGCUUUAGCUAUAAAAGUGAAUGAUGGAGUAGUAUUGGCAGGAGAAAGAAAAUUGAAUUCAACACUUUUAGAGCCUAGGAGCAUUGAGAAGAUCUAUGAAAUUGACACUCAUAUUGCUUGCACUGCCUCUGGUUUCAUUCCUGAUGCCAGAACUUUAGUUGAACAUGCCAGAGUAGAAUCUCAGAAUCACAAAUUCAAUUAUGGUGAACCCAUCAAUGUUAGAGCACUCACUUAGAUUGUUUGUGAUUUGGCUCUUGAUUUUGGAGAGAGUGAUUCUAAAAGCAAAACUAAAAUGUCAAGACCCUAUGGAGUGGCGCUAUUGAUUGCAGGUGUUUCUGAUCAUGGUCCUUAAAUUUUCUAAACUGGUAAGUAAUUGAAUCAUCUUAGAUCCCACUGGAACUAUGAUUGAAUAUUAAGCUAAAGGAAUUGGGGCAGCUGAUGAAGGUAUCCAAAGUAUACUCAAAGAAUAAUACAAAUAAGUAAGAUCAUAAAUUAAGUCAGGAUCUAACCUUGGAGCAAGCUGAGAGAUUGGCCAUCUUGUGUCUCAAGAAUGUAAUGGAAGAGAAAGUAAUUAUGUAUGUGAUCAUAUCUUAGAUCAAUAAUUCCAAUGUAGAAUUGGCUGUAAUUACAACUGCAGAAAAAAGAUAUACCUAAAGAACACCUGAACAAAUAUAAAGUCUAAUUGACAAAGUUUGAAAUAUUAUAUAUCUAUAAUAAGUAUAAUAUG